GACUCUGAUGAAGAUUCCACUGAAGCCCCUCGUAAGCGUAACAGUGGUCGCCGUAAGAUCAAGAUUGAAUAUAUUGAAGAUAAGAACAGACGCCACAUUACUUUCUCGAAGCGAAAGGCUGGUAUCAUGAAGAAGGCUUAUGAACUCUCCACUCUUACGGGUACACAAGUGUUAUUAUUGGUGGUUAGCGAAACUGGUUUGGUCUAUACUUUCACUACUGUCAAGUUGCAACCCAUUGUCACGAAACCUGAAGGUAAAAGUCUGAUCCAAGCAUGUUUGAACGCGCCUGACCCAGGUAUGGAAGGUGCGGGGGGUGUAAUGGUAAGUUGA